AUGGCAUCUCAACCUUAUGAAUACACCGGGCCCGUGGAUUGCAGCAUUGUCCCCGACAAGAGUCAGUGCAAAGGAAAGAGUGUUAUUGUCACGGGAGGUGCUAGCGGGUUAGGCGAGGCAUAUGUCCGAGCAUUUGUCGAUGCAGGGGCUUUUGUAACUUUUGGCGAUAUCAACGAGGACAAGGGAAAGGCGGUCGAGGCCGAACUGACUUCGCAACAUGUCUGUUUCGUCAAGUGUGACACGAGAUCUUGGGAUGAUCAAGUUCGAAUGUUUGAAGCCGCGAUCUCGAAAUCUCCUGAAAAAUCGGUUGAUAUUGUGAUUGCAAACGCGGGAGUUGGAAGGGGAGCGGGUGAUCCGCUGAUGCAAUUGGAAGAUCCAUUUUCCACACCGACGAAACCAAGCCUCCAUAUAAUCGACAUCAAUCUAGUCGGCGUUUUGUACACAUUCAAGCUAGCUGUCCACUAUUUCCGUCGGUGCCCACAGGAUGCUCAUAGAGAUCGUUGCUUUAUUUUCAUCGGAAGUAUUGCCGGCAUCGUGGAUAAUCUGGGCAGCUGGGAGUAUUCGACCGCUAAAUUCGGCCUCCGAGGCCUCAUGAGAACUGUCAGAAGGCAUUCGUACCAUCAGGGGAUCAGAGUGGCAUAUAUUGCUCCCUAG